AUGGUUUUCAACGUUCCCGAAUCGGGGGAAAGAAUCACCGUUAAGCCUGAAGAGUUGCCCUUUGAGGUUGUCAAGGUUGAGGACAUACAGAUUCCUACCAGAGACGGUUCCAUUUUGUAUGCUCAUUUGUGGAUCCCCAAGUGCGCCUACGAUGCUAGCGAAAUUAAGGUAGGUACCUUGGUUGAGUAUAUUCCGUAUAGGAAAAGUGACUUCACAGCCAUCCGAGACUCCAUCCGCCAUCCCUAUUAUGCUGGCUAUGGGUUUGCAUCAUUAAGAGUUGACAUGAGAGGAAGCGGAGACUCCGACGGAAUCUUGCAAGGAGAGUACCUACUCCAGGAACAAGAGGACAAUUUGGAUGUAUUUGACUGGAUUAUUAAACAGUCGUGGUCCAACGAGAGAAUUGGCCAGUUCGGCAAAUCAUGGGGUGGUUUUAACAGUCUUCAGAUUGCUGCUAGGCAGCAUCCUGCUUUGAAGGCUAUAAUCACUUUGAACUCUACAGACGAUCGUUAUUCUGACGAUGUCCAUUAUCGUGGAGGUUGUUUACUUGCUUCUGACAUGUUGUGGUGGGCUCUGACAAUGUUUGCUUAUAAUGCCCGGCCUCAAGAUCCUCGAGUCAGAAAGGACUGGAGGGAGAACUGGUUGGAACGACUUGAACUAGAACCCAAUGCAAUUGAAUGGGUUAAACAUCAGACAAGAGACGAUUUCUGGAAACACGGCUCUGUUUGUGAAGACUACAGCAAGGUAGAUAUCCCCGUAUUGGCUGUAGGAGGCUGGAGAGACGGCUACACCAGUGCUGUGUUCAGAAUGAUCCAAAACUUGCCUCACCCAGACUCAAAGGGACUCAUUGGACCUUGGGUCCACGAAUAUCCUGAAGUCGCUACGCCUCUGCCGGGGUUAGGUUACAACCAACUUGCUGUCAAGUGGUUUGAGAAGUAUUUGGUUACCGACGAUAAAGUCAUUAAAGAGAUCAAGGACUUGAAUAUACCCGAAACGUUCAGUAUCGAAAAUAUGCCUCGAUUGUCUGCGUUUAUUCAGGAACCUUCUUCAAUUCACGAGAGUUAUACAAAGAGAGAAGGGCAAUGGGUUGGAUGUGAGUACGACUACAAUAAAUUGAAUUAUUCUGUAUUAACCUUGAACUUACUGACUACUCAAUUGGUUUCCGGCCAGCCCAGGAAGUGGUUUGGUUCACCUAAAACGAUUCUCGAGUUUUCUGGCCACCAAGAAUAUGGUCUUUUCAGAGGUACCUGGUGUCCUUUUGGCCAAGAUGGUGAUUUUCCUCCCGAUCAAAAGAUUGAGGAUUGCAAAAGUUUGAAUUUCGACAGUUUACCACAAGAGAAAGAAUCAAGCUUUUUGGGAUUUCCAGAAGUGGAGCUCGAAAUAUCCAGUGAUUCCGAUCUUGCAAUGGUGUCGGCUAGACUUAUCGAUAUCAAUCCCAUAACCAAGGAGAACGUCUUGAUUUCUUGGGGUUUAGUUAACUUGAAUCAUUUCUUGGGAACACAUUCUGAUCCCCAAACCUUAGAAGUUGGAAAGACUUACUCUAUCAAGGUUCAAUUGGAUGCUGUUGGUUACAAUGUCAAGAAGGGACAUGUAGUAAGAUUGUCACUAAGUUCCACCGACUGGCCCUCCUCGUGGCCACUAGCCAAGACGCCAACAUUGACUCUUCAUGGGGGAAAGAUCAAGUUGCCAAUUGCACCAACGGAUUUAUAUAAGGAGAAGGAUGUCGACAAGCUUUUUCCUCACCCCGAAUCCUUGGCUCCCACGGCAAUCGAUGUAUUGAGAAAAGAAUCUAGAACUCGGUCAGUCACAUACGAUCCUAUCAAUGACACUUGGACUGUAAACGAUUUCUCAGACGAGGGAAAGAGAAAGCUUGUCAGUAAUGGUAUGGAGAUGGGGUCAUGGAAUAAGAAUACUUGGUUCAUUAAAGAAGGUAGUCCCACAUCUGCUUUCAACCAGUGCGAUUGGGAGUUGACAUUAGGUAGAGAAGAGGACAACUGGCAAAUAAAGAUUGCAAAUACCUCUAUAAUGAAGUGCUGUGAGGUCAAUUUCUACUUAGACAAUAAAAUUGAAGCUUUUGAAAAUGACAAGAAAGUCUUUGAAAAGUCAUGGAGCAACAGUAUCCCAAGAAGCUUCAUCUAG